AUGGAUGGCCUAGCCGAGAUAAAGAAUUACCUUUAUGAGACUUGUUCAGAGACGGUGUCGGCGACAGGCGUGCACGAUCGCGAUGAUCCCCUGAAUGCAACUCCAGGAUGUCUCAGAUCUCGGAUCAGUUGGCCUUGGAGCGGAAGCGUCUUUUACGAGUACGAGGCUAGGCAUCUUGGCGUGAUGCUAGAACACCAGAGCAUUAUUAGCAGUUGGCAUUGCGGGGCGACUGUUCUUGGGAACGCGCAGUCGUCUAACUUCCGAUCCGGCUGCAACAAUCUCCACAAUAUCAGACCCCGUGCUCCUUGGUAG